AUGUAUGUGAAAUGGUUUGAUACAGUAAUGUUUUACUAUGUGAUUUUAGUGAAUGUCACUUUUUGUCAUUUUAAAAUUUCCCGCCGUUCCGUCCCCAUACGUCCCGGCGCUCGCAGGGGAUGGAACCCAGAAGACAGAUGCCGGCAUCCGCCGGAGGACAUUACCGGGGACACUGCAGGAGGGACAUUGCGGGAGCGCAGGACAAGGUAAGUGAAUAACAGAUCCCGGAGCAGCACCGCAUGGUAAGCCCGAGUGUAGCUCAGGGUUACCGCUUGUGCUACACUCGGGAAUACCGCCAGAGAGGCUAC